GUAAAUGAUUUAUAGUGUUUUGAGGGUACAAAGUGCUAUUAAUUAUUUUGGAGGGUGUAAAAUGCCAAAAUGCUAUAUUUUAAGGGUGCAAGGUGGAAUUAAGCCUUUCCAUUUCAAACAAUCAUUUUAAGCCGUCCGAUCAAGAUUAUAUGACCGUUGGACUACGCUCCCCCCCCUCUAUUGAAAUAUUUGAAAAGUAUUCAAAACCUAAUACAAAACCCAACUGUUACAAUUUACUUUAAAAAAUUCCAAACCCUAAAACCCAAUUUACCGAUUCAAAAUCACGAACUCGGAGAAUUUUCUUCUACGAUUAGAAAAUCGUUUGCAUUUUCAUACACAAGAAGAAAAAAUGUCGAGGAUGAUGCUCAGAUCCAACGGGAAGCCCCCACUCGCUAGAUCUCCGAUUCGCCUCCGCCCCCGUGGCAAGGCCGCUCCGCCCACCGCCGCCGCCUCCGUCCAAACCCCACCGGGGUCUUUGACAAAAUCCCAAUUGCCGAACCGGAAAUGGGAUAUGGAGGAAUCGGGGCUCCGACCCGAAUACAACACAAUCUCUUACGAACUAAGGGCUUUAGCCAAAAUGGUGAAUCAAGAACUCGGGACUGGAAAUGAGGACGCCGCUUUCAACGGUGGUGGUGCGUUUAAUGGUUCUCAACGAAGCCCUUUAUUCGAGAGGGGAAGAUUCUACGACGAGUACUCGGCCCGAAGAAACGAGAGGCUGAAGAGAAAGAAAGGCGAAACGGAGAACAAGCCCGUUUACGGUCUAGGCGUUAGAGUCGAGUCAGCCAAGAAACGGGAGGUCGCUGGAAAGUUGGAGGGGCGGAGGAAGUCGGUGGCGGCGGCUGCCGCCGCCACUCCGGUGGCGGAGAGGAGGGAGGCUAGGACGCCGAGGUAUUCGUUGAGGAGUAGUAGUAAGGAGAAUCGGAAGCCGCCGCUACCAAUGGGGUCUAUGACGAGCGUUGAGAGAUCGGUUGGGGUUAGUGAGAGGAAAGUCGGAGUUAGAAGGACUGGAAAGAUGAUUUAAAUAAAAUGUGUGUGUUUGUGUGUGUUCUUGCUUAUUACAUUUUUUUUUUUUUUUAAUUUACAGAAAACAAAUGAUUUGGUGAAUGAUGGUUGAAUUUUUGGUUCUUGGUGAUGAUAAAUUGUGGGCUAUGCAGCUAAAAUAGCCUUCAUUUUGUAGUUUGUAUUACCUCAAUUUCUACUCAAUGAGGAUUAUGAUUUCUGGUUUGCAAAUAUUGUGUCUUUUUUUUUUUUUUAAAUGUAUUUUGAUUGAAUUGUCAAACACUAGAAAUAAAAUUUUCAGGAACUUCAAAUUUUGAAGACUGUCUAUG